AAUCUUAGAAAAUUCAGGUGUAAUGAGGGAAAAGUUUACACUUGUGUGGGCGUGUCCGCCUGACUAGGGACGUAAUCUUUCCGCCCAGCAAACCCGGAAGCAAGAAAGUUUUCUCGUCCAAGAGACCGUCAGUUAUGUCUUCCAUUCACUCGGACAGCGUGAGUGAGGUCCACCAGGUGCCGCUUAACGUGCUCAUCAGGCCGUUUCCCCCGGAGCUGGACGAGCAGAAGGUCCAGGGUUUGAUGGAGACGAUCAAGAACACUCCGGACAUAAGCGUGGUUCCUCCCAUUGACGUUCUGUGGAUCAAAGGAAGAGAAGGAGGAAAUUACUACUACUCUUUCGGAGGCUGUCACAGGUUUGCUGCGUAUCAGCGAUUACAAAUGCCCUCAAUCCCAGCCAAAAUCAUUAAAUCUAACAUAACAGAUCUUAGGACAUAUUUGGGAUCUGCAACACCGGACCUAAAAUGACGUCAUAGAUUUUUUUUACUGACUCUUCCGUACCAGCUGGCGACUAAGAUUUUCACUGUACUGACUGAGAUCCAAUAAUGAAAGACAAACAACAACAAAUGCUACUUGUAUUCUAAAAUUAAUUAAAUGACCUAUUUUAAAUGUUUUAUUAAAGCCAUUCAGAGUUUAUUUUUAUAGGACAUUAAAAUUUUGUCAUAUUUGAA